CUUUGACAAUUUUUGAUGCGAGCUCCAGAGUAUGUGCAUUGAAAAGAAAAAUUGAUUAUUGGUCAGAGUGCAUAUUUAAAAGAGAGCUGGAGUGUUUUCCAAUAAUGCAGGCCUUUUUGGAAGAAAACGAAUUGCAAACUCCCAUUAGCAUUAUUAACGAGAUUUCUGAACAUCUCAAACAACUGAAAAAUUCAUUUAAUAAAUAUUUUCCUACAGAUCGAAAGGUGUUUUUAAAAGACCGUGAAUGGGUAGUUAAUCCAUUUUCAGUCUGUGGAAAACCCUCAAGCUUGUCUUCAAUCGAAUAUGAGAGUUUGAUCGAUAUUACUUCAGAUUCAACAUUUCAAUCCACCUUCAGUAGCAAUUCUUAUGUUGAAUUUUGGCUAAAUUUGAAAAAUACAAGUUUUGAUAAUUUGAGUCAAAAAGCAAUGACAAUACUCCUACCUUUUGCUACCACAUAUUUAUGUGAGACAGGAUUUUCAGCCUAUGCGGCUACUAAAACCAAAUACCGGAACCGUCUUAAUGUAGAACCUGACCUUCGUAUCCAACUGUCAAAAAUUGAACCAGAUAUUGCCAAACUUUCAAAAAAUAAGCAGCCACAAAACUCUCAUUAAUUUUUAACUUUUAAAGCAGUAUUUUUUUUCUUUA